AUGACACCCACAAACGUGCCCGAACGGUCAGGGUCCACCGUCUCAGAAGACUCUAGUGGCUCUUCAGAAGACCGAGUCCGCAAGUUCCAGAAGACGGGCGAGCAGGGCAACCGCCUGCGCAAGACGAGUGUCUCAAAUGCCAUAACGGCAGGUCGGCCGCUGCCCCCAAUCAACCACAACGCGGCGGGACGCGGGAGGGCAAAGGUGCCGCUGGGCCCCCGCGAGCCGCGACAGGACUUCUCCAAGCAGAGAAUGACGAGCGGUGCUAGCUUGGCUUCGGUCGAGGGCCGCUCCUUCCUGCCCACGCCCGCAAAUGAGACGACCACGCGCCUGGCCCCCUCGAAUCCACGCUUCAGCUUCUCCAAGCAGGAGCAUCAGCAUCAGCAGCAGCUUCAUCAUCAACACCAGCAGCAGCAGGGCCACGCUCACGGCCAGCUCGAGUCGACCAAAGAAGAAGAGCUGAGCGAGAGCUUCGGCUCGUACGACUUCCUGCCGUCGGUCAACUUUGACGACUUUGCUAACAGCCUGGCCUAUGAGCCUGCUUUGAGCGACUUUCCCGUGCCCGGGACCUUCACCUCCAACGUGGCUGCCGGUAACGGCCAAGUGCAGAUGCAGCCCUUCACAAGCAACCCCGUUGACCCGUACCCGACACGCACCAGCUCCUUCGCCCGCCGCUUCAGCCAGUCGACCGCGAGAAAGGUCAGCGGUGGAUCAACCGCGUCUGGAUCCGACACGUCUUCGAUGCUGCCGCCGCCUUCCAACAUGGCCAUCCGGACACGCCGCCAGAGUCAAUUUCCUGCCCAGGCACCGCCAAAUCCAGCGGCGCGGCCACCUCGCAAGAGCGUUGGCCCUGGAAUGCUGCCAACGAAUAGCUUCGAGCGAGACAUGGCCAACGACAACACCAUGCCCCGCCUAACCCGCGCACCUUCCUUCACCAAGGGCGGCCGCCGCGAGACUCUCUCUGCAAACCUCAGCAGCACCACCACCGGAGUACCCAAGCUCCCUACCGCAACUCGAAACGCCAAAGCAAAAUCGCUACAGCCCCCAUCACGCCAUCAGUCGGGCCACCUAACUGUCUCGUCGAAUGCCCCUGAUCUAAAUCCCAUGCCCAACAACGCCCGUUCGCCGGGUAGGUCUCCUGGCGCCCAGCCCUCAUAUACCCCUUCUUCGGCCAACAAGCGACAAUCGGCUGCACCCCACAUCUCUGGCCUGGGUGCAAGAACCAUCAGCCCCACCGACGCCCGAAGGCUGCGAAGACUAUCCAUCAACCCUAAUCAUCCUCCCUCCGGCGGUCCUGUCGGGCCCCCCACGCCCCAAGCCGACGCCGCAUUUGACGAGCGUGCAUUCAGCCAGUCCCCGGCCAUGGUACAUGGCGGCAACAUGACACCCUCGUCGGCGCGUGCAACCCCGGAGCAGAAGCGCAAAUCGUAUGCAUCAGGAGUCUCGCUUUCGUCAAAUUCAAGCUUGAACUCGCUGAAAGUGGGUCCGUCCUCAAUACCUCUGCGUGUCAAUCCCGCGCCCUCGGGCUCACGACUACCCGCACCCAAGCCGCGAAAUGUGCAAAGCUCGGCCGGCGGGGAGCAGGAAGAAGUGCCUCCUGUGCCGGCCAUCCCGAAGGCGUACGAGUCCCCCAAGGAGCCAGAGCGUGGCAGUUUCACGUUUACCACAGCCCCGUCGAAGAUGAGCACACCCCAGCCGGCACCUCAAGAGUCCAUGGCAACACCAGAGGCACAAAAACCCGACCCGAGACAGAACGAGACUUCGGACGGCAGUUUCUCGAACAGGAGCUCUGGGUCAAUUAGGCACAGGCGAGGCUUGACAGUCGGGAAUGGUCCAGAACAGGAGAGAACUCCUACAGUACAACAAUCCAGCAAAAAGAACCUGCAGCCCAUCAGACUGCCACCCCUCAACUUGCUGCCACUUGGCACACCGUUCAACAACAGGAUGUCGUCUUUCCCAACACCGUCUGACUUCUACCUCUACAGAACAAGAACCGGAAACACCAUCGUCUGGUUCGUCUCUGCGACGCAAACUCAGCUUGAGUGGCUGGAGACGAGCAUCGUCGAAAGCAGCAUCGCACCCAGCGCAAACUGCCCAAGUACGGAAGCCAGGUCCAAAGGCUGA